GUUCCGGAUAAUCGGUUCCCUACUGUAUAUUGUUUGAUGAAAAUUGUAUUUGUUUAUUGUGUCUUUCAGGUUCCUCAUUCAGAACUGUUGGAUGAGAUAAGUGCCUGUGGGAAUGAUUGCAGCUGCGAAGGGAACAAACAUUCAAAUAGUCUAUCCAUGCCAAUAUGCUUUCUAGUUAGAGAACAAGCCAAGUCUCAAGUUGCCAUUCAGGACUUGCAAUCUCGCCUUAGUCAUGUUGAGACAGUUCAAGUUGAUGUCAUUGAUACUCUGAUGCAUUUCCGAAAUUAUUUAAAUGAAGUAAAUUCCGAUUUUUCUGCCACUCCAUCUUGCAUCAACAUUACAAACAGUCCUUCUACUUACUCUACUUCAAAAACUACAACAGCCUUCCAUUCAGCUUACGAACCACCUCAUCCAGUUCAGAAGUCUUGUUCUUACGGCACGAAAGCUAGAGAAAACGCUUCCGAUGAGUUCCAAAGGACAUCAUCUAUGGUAACGAUUCAGGAUCAACCUCAAAAACUCUUCGAUUCAACCAAAAGUAAAGACUCUGCUUUAGAAAGUGAUAAACAAGACAGCGGAUUAGAUUCGGACUGCAGGGAACACCAUGACUGCCAAUCUUCUAUUAGGACGGCGCCUCACUGGAUAAACCAGGAAGCAAAUGAUCAAUUGCUGCAGCUUUUGGAUGAGAUUAGCUUCCGUUCUGAAUAUCUCCAGAAACAACUUGCAGUGACUGAAAACACGACUGUCAUCCAGAACGGAAUGCUACCUGCUCAGCCAAAUGUGAAAAUCGAAACUUGUUCUCCAACUAGAAGCAGUAAUGGCUGCUUAGAGACUACUUGCAACCUUUCUCAAGAACCUAAAGAUAAAAAAAUAUUUGAACUUAGUACUAUAAAUGAAAGUCGCGAUAUAGGCAUUCAAGUUACAGUACCAUCUUCGACUAAGAUCAACAGCAGUGGGCUUGCCGGUUUCCUCGAGGGAAAAUCUAUUUGUGAUAGAAGUUCUGGCAAAAGAGUCGGAAAGAGUAUUGACAGUUCGAUGGUGUCGUCAAUAUUGAAAGAAACCAACGUUGUAGAGCUACAACGGCAGGCUUUAGUUUAUCUUGUCGACAAUGCUGUUCUUAAUGCCAGGUUGCGGGAAAUGGAACAGGCGAUAGCCUGCAAAAACCUUGAGAGCGAAAAGGUUGAAAAUAGUCUGAAAGAGGAAGGAAGGUUGCUAAUGAUGGAGAACAGAGAACUUCGUAUAUGUCUGGAUGAGCAGAAGAUGGAAGCGAACGUUUUCAAAUCACGAGUGGCCAUGCUUGAAAGAGUUCUCCAGUCAAUGAAUGUAGAAAACCAAGAGCUUAAUUGGCAGUUAGGAGAAUCUUUUAAUAUUCAGCAAUUAGCUAAAAAAGGUUACAAUCUGUCGAGUGCUACAACACCUAGUAGUGUAGCUAGCUCUACUAGAUCAUUUCGAAAGACAUCCAGCUUGCCGUCACAAGCUUGUCGGAACUCAACUUUGAACUAUGCGAAAUCGAAGCUUCUGUCAAGUAAUAGUACCUUCCUCGACUCCACUGCCGAGGAAUCUGAAGAUAAUGCUUCAAAUCAAAUUCAAAAACAGUAUCGUAAUAGUCCCCUUCUCUCCUCUACGCCUUUUCAGAGACCCAAAGGAACUGUGAUAGAUUCAACUUUGUCUCCCGCUUUGCCUCUUAGUUUCUAUUCUGCCAAAAAGUGCCUGAAAUCUGGUCAUAGCUUCGAUAGUGAAGGUUGUUCUUUCAAGACUACCAGGUCAGAAAGGUAUGGUGACUGCGACAUUCCAGAAGCUUGCGUUCGAAAACGUCCAUCCCCUCAUAGUCCAUCUCAAAAACCUUUGACUUUAGCGACUGGGAAUGUUAGUAAGUUUCCUUUUAAUACUAUCUUGGAAAAACUGAAAGCUAAUUCUGAAGUGAGACUGUCCAGACAUAUUCCUAAUGCCAAAGAUGGCGAUGCUUCUGUCAGUGCCUCAGACCAUGAAGUCGAAUCCAACUGCCGCGACUCCCCUCCAACUGAAGGACAAUAUAGUAAACAUUCUAAGUCAUCUCAGGGAAGUGUGAAGAGUGGUGUUCAGACGAAGAAAAGCGGCAACAUCCACCAAAGGAUUCAGAACAUUUUAGAUCGAAUUGUAGCUGAAUCUGAAGAAGCAUCAUAAUAUUUAUAAGCAAUUUUUAAGUGAUACAUAACUUAGUGAGAAUUAAUAUUCCUCUGCUUGUUUUAAGUGUCCUUAGAUACAAUUAUUUAUGUAUUUGUAAAUUUUCUCUUUUUAAUUUCAGUGCUUUUUAUGUACAGAUUUUUAACAAUUUUAUUUGUAAAUAAAGAUAAUAUUUCAUGCA